AUGGCUGCCAAUCGUCGUAGCAGAAAGGGAAGAAGAAUGAGUAGCAAGGAAUUCAUACUAAGCUUCUUCACCUUCUUCUUCAACUCUUGUUUCGGAUGCUCCCAACAACCGCCGCUGGAGGCGGAGGUGGAGGAGGAGUUGAACAGUAGUACAGACAAAAACACCAACGCCGCCGAAAAGUCAUCCGCCUCCGUUAAAUACAUCAGCAGAUCUACGGCGCCUGUUCCGAUAAUCAACCAAUCGGCGCCGCCUCAUGCCGUCGGCUCGAUCAAGCGACGAGUCAAUGAUAAAAAGGACUUUGAAAUCCGGAUCGGCGGCGGUGGCGGCGGCGAUGAAAUACACUCGAUGGUUGGGGCGUUGAUUGUUUCUGUGACAUUGGUAGUGAUGCUGAUUUGGGGUAAGUUGUGCGCCGUUAUCUGCGCGGCUUUGUGGCUUUAUUUCGUCCCUCGUUUUAGGGCGGAAUAUCGUAAUGGAUUCUACGAGUUCGAUCGAAGGAAAAUUGUUUCAAAAAAUGCCGAAAUUAUUGAUUCGCCGGAGGAUAAGAGAAGGGUGGUUUUUGAGGGAUUUCUUGAGAGGAAUCAUCGUGUUAGAAUCUAG